AGAAUUGAAUUUUGGAAGGGAUGGCGUCUUAGCAGCUACAACAGUAUAAAAUCCAUCGUCAUCAGUUCAAUCUUGCUGGAAGAAUGAGUUCCAACCUUUUUAGACGCAUUACUAAGCAGCAAACUGCCACUCUUAAGAAGUGGUAUAGUUCUGCUGCAGUAGUGCCGAAUACAAAGCUUUUCAUUAAUGGAAAAACCGUCGAAUCUCAAGCUGCGGAAUGGAUAGAUCUUCAUAAUCCAGCAACAAAUGAAUUAGUUACAAGAGUGCCAAAAGCGACUCAAAAAGAAAUGGAAGAUGCUGUCCAAUCGGCUAAAGAAGCCUACAAAUCUUGGUCGAAAACAUCAAUCAUUGCGAGGCAACAAGUCAUGUUCAAAUACCAAAACAUAAUCAAGUCUAAUAUGAGAAAACUGGCUGAAAACAUAACAUUAGAACAAGGAAAAACUCUCGCUGAUGCUGAGGGCGACGUAUUAAGAGGAUUACAGGUUGUGGAGCAUGCCUGUAGCAUGCCGUCGCAAUUGUUAGGUGAAACGCUUCCUGGAGUUGCCAAGGAUUUGGACAUCGUUUCGUACCGGACACCGUUGGGUGUAACUGCCUCUAUAACACCUUUCAAUUUUCCGGCCAUGGUGCCUCUAUGGGCAAUAUUGAUGGUAAUAAUCUGCGUUAAUACGUAUGUUAUUAAACCUUCUGAAAGAGUCCGUUGAGCUUGUAUGAUGCUUGUUGAAAUGUUGAGUGAAGCAGGCUGUCCUCCUGGUGUUGUCAACGUUAUCCAUGGUGCUCAUGCAGCUGUUGAUUUUAUCUGUGAGCAUCCUGAUAUCAAGGCCAUUUCAUUUGUUGGAUCUGACACUGCUGGUAAAUAUAUUUAUGAAAAAGGAUCGAAAAAUGGAAAACGUGUCCAGAGUAAUAUGGGUGCAAAGAAUCAUGGAGUUAUUGUAGCUGAUGCAAACAAAGCAAACACGUUGAACCAACUUGUCGGUGCUGCUUUCGGUGCAGCAGGGCAGAGGUGCAUGGCAUUGAGCACAGCGAUUUUUGUCGGUGAGGCCAAAUCGUGGAUGAAUGAUUUGAAAUUACGAGCUGAACAGCUUAAAGUCAAUGCUGGAAAUGUACCUGGCACCGAUUUCGGCCCUGUUAUCUCACCACAAGCUAAAGAGCGCAUUGAAAUGUUAAUCCAGUCCGGCGUGGAUGAAGGAGCGACUCUCUUGUUAGAUGGAAGGAAUUUGGUUGUCAAAGGUCUCGAAAAAGGAAACUUCCUCGGUCCGACUAUUUUAACCGAUGUUAAACCAAACAUGAAGUGUUAUACAGAAGAGAUUUUUGGACCUGUGCUCAUCUGCCUCUUUGCCGACACUCUUGAUGAUGCUAUUGAAGUAAUAAAUAAAAAUCCAUAUGGAAAUGGAACAGCCUUAUUUACAAACAAUGGUGCUACAGCUAGAAAGUUUAUCCAUGAGGUUGAUUGUGGACAGAUUGGAAUCAACGUUCCUAUUCCUGUCCCUCUACCUAUGUUUUCAUUCACUGGAUCAAGAGGCUCAUUCAGAGGUGACCUGCAUUUCUACGGGAAGCAGGGCGUUCACUUUUACACAGAAGUCAAAACAGUCACACAGUUGUGGAGGUCGACCGAUGUGACCCAUUCACAGGCUGCUGUCGCUAUGCCAGUGUUGCGAUGAAAUUGAGGGGGGGGAACUGAAAAGUUCAGUUAUAAAAAUUCAGCUUUAAGAAGUCUUCCGAUUAAAUCAGGCUGUUAAAACUUAAAUUGUGUUAUUUCAUAACAACUGUAAAAAUACAUAAAAUGUAUUUUUUGAAAAUUAAAAU